CCCGCGUUCGAUCUCGCCUCAGCCGGAGACAUUCGAUAUUUCCCUCCCCCUGCUCUGCUCCAGUCUACUGAGUCUCUCUCUCUCUCUCUUCCAAUUGAAUUCCAGCCAUCGUUAGGGUUCUACUUCCGACUUCGUCCGACUUCUUCUUGAUUCUCCGAUUCCGCAAUCUCGUUUCCCAAAACCCUGAAAAUCUCGACCUAGGGUUCGUCCCGAUCCGUCCAAGUCAUGCCCGAGCUGACGGACGGGCACAAGGUCCUCAUCCAAGCCCUGAUUUCGCGCGGCCCUCUCAGCGAGAAGGACUUCCACGCCGUCUUCAAUGGCGUCACCGGAAAAAACCCAGCUAAUCAUAAGCAGCUGUUCAACGAUUAUCUCCUGAAGAUCAAUAAGGACCUCUCGCACGUUCAGUGCGAGCUGCGUGGAUGCAGGAACCAAAACGAUGGCCAGGUUUUCUAUGGAUUUGUCAAUAACGUCUCCGACAAUCAAUCAGAGCUCGGGACUAAAUACUCAGUUCCACAGAUUGCUUUCUACAAGUGCAUUAUAGAAGCAAUGGUGCAAGAUGCCACUGCUCAAGGCUGCAUAUCUGAUAUUGAUGCUCUAAAUAUACGGCUGGAAAAUCAGGUGCUGAAUGGAGCUGUGCCGCAGUCACAACACAAUUCUCUUGGUGUCCCUGCUGCAUUUAGGAAUUUUUCUAUAUCCCAGAAAGAAAAAACCCUUGAGCAACUUGUGCGGGACAAGUGGCUUUGUUCGAUCCCAGAUGGUAAGAUAGGGCUCGGCGUUCGAUCUUUCCUUGAUCUGAGAAGUUGGUUCCGCAGUAAUGAUAUCCCUUCAUGUGAAGUAUGUAAUGAAGCUGCUGUGAAGGCGGAAUUGUGCCCGAAUGAUGAUUGUAAUGUUCGAAUCCAUCAAUAUUGCCUGAAUAAACGAUUUUCCCGGAAGAAGGUUGAGCGAGUUUGUCCUGGUUGUGGCCAACAGUGGAGAUGUGUACUGCCCGAAGUGGAAGAAAUAGAGGAAGAGGAUGCUCAAGAUGUGCAAAUCCAAAGCCAACCACUCUCGCAUCCAAAGAGGACGCUUCGAAGCAGGGCAGCUACAAAUGCUGACGCUCUAUUAGCAUCUUCAAGUCAAGAUGUGCGCCACAAAUGCUGACGCUCUAUUAGCGUCUUCAAGUCAAGGUGCCCCUCAUAGUUCUGAUUUUAGAAGGACAACUCGAAGCUCUGCCCGCCUGAGAUCAUGAUGUCAUCUGUUUAUAGUAAAUUGUUCCCUUUUUGUAGUCCGGCAGAAGGGCUAGCAUUUUGUAAUUAGCUUUGAGAUUUCUGGUACUAGAUUUUCCUAGUUUAUGUGGUGAUUUUUGGGUACUGCGCAUUCUUUGCUUGGUUGCCUGUCUGGAAGCUGCAAACUUCAGUAUUUAUGCUGCAACUAAUAGCUAGCCAGGUUGGUCGAGUUUAUCAUUACAUUCAAUUGGACAAAUGCAAUGCGUUGUCAUCUUUUCGUCUCGGCA